AUGUCAAUCUCAUCAGUUUACUCACAAUCCACUUCGAUCAAUAACAAUAACAAUCAUAGAUCAAAUUCAUUACAUCCCUCAUCUUCAACUUCAAGUACUCUUCAUAGAUUACCUGCUAAUCCUCAAUCACCAAUCUCAUUAACAACAACCACUUCUUCAUCUUCAUCUUCAUCAUCAACUUCUCAAUCUCAAUCUUCACAACAACAAUCACAACAACCACAAUCACAACAACCACAAUCACAACAAUGUCAUUCAUCUACUACUACAUCCCCUCUACGUCAUCAACCUCAAUCUUUACAUUCAAGUCAACUCUCUCAUGUAUUACCUCUAUCACAGCAUCAUUUAUCUCAUUAUCAACAACAUACCGCACAAUUGGCGGCUUAUAUCACCCAAAUCUUCUUACCCUCGGUACUUCCUACUGCAGAGGAAUAUCAGAUCAAAGAACAGACUCGUCAAUACCUUGAAACUUUGGCUGAUAAGGUCUCACCAGGUGCUCGACUCUUACCAUUUGGUUCCAUUGCAUCCGGUUUGGCUUUAAGGAACUCGGACAUGGACCUCUGUUGUCUAAUCGAUCAUACUGAAGAAAAACCGACCUCCCCAAAACCAUCAUCAAAUGCUGAAGAUCAGUCUACUCAAGCUGACCCUUCAGAAUCCCAAGAAUCUCAAGAACCUCAAGAACCAAAACUAACUACAAAGCCUGUCAAGCAAACUCCUGCAGAAAUGGUCCUCAUCCUUGGUAAACUGAUUCAAGAAGAAACUUCUUUCAUGGUCAAAAUGCUACCCAAGGCACGAAUUCCGAUUAUCAAACUUUCAUUACCUCCUUCGGCUGGCCAACCCUUUGGACUAUCAUGUGAUAUCGGAUUUGAGAACCGAUUGGCGCUCGAAAACACUCGUUUGUUACUCACCUAUGCGAUGGUUGACCCUCGGAUGAGAACUAUCGUCUUGUUUUUGAAAGUCUGGACAAAACGGAGAAGGAUCAACGAUCCUUAUCUUGGUACACUAAGUUCGUAUGGCUAUGUACUAUUAGUAAUCUACUACCUCGUCAAUGGUCGCAAGGAUGCAGUAUUACCAAAUCUUCAACAAUUGCCACCACCUAGACCAUCACCACCUGAGGAACUGAUACAUGAUGGUCAUUCUAUUUAUUUCUUUGAUGAUCUCGAUGCCUUACCUCGCUAUUGGACUGGUACCAAUCGAGAAAACGUCGGAGAACUUUUGAUUGAUUUCUUUAGAUUUUUCGCUUCUACAUUUCGUUACACGCACGAUGUGGUCAGUAUCAGAUCAAUUGGUGGUCUGCUCUCUAAAGAACAUAAAGGUUGGAUGCAAGACAUCAUCGAAGAGGGUGGCGCCGUCAAUGGCGGUCGCAGUCCUUAUGCGAAAGUUGACCUGAAUCGGCUUUGUAUUGAGGAUCCAUUCCAGAUCAAUUAUAACGUUGCUAGGACGGUCACUCGUGAUGGGCUCUUUACCAUACGGGGUGAAUUCAUGAGAGCAGUCCGGGUCUUAUCUACUCGUACAGAUCGAUUAGAUGUAAUGAUUCGUGAACUUUGCGAGGAAAGACAAGAAGGAGUCUUGAUGGCUCCACCUUCCAGUACUGGUCGACGAAAGUCGGCACCCAACCCUAAAUUACCCUCAUCUGCCUCUCAAUCUCCUCAUAUCAAUGAUUUUCAGUCCCCUCCGGCUCGGAAAUGGGGAUCUGGAUCUCAAGAGCCAGGCCUCGCUCAAACAUCAACCUCUAAUGGAAUAUCAAAUGACCCACUUGAAGAGGAUGAAGAUGAUUUCCAACAACAACUUCUUCUACAACAACAACAACAGGAACAGCAUCAGGCCGCAAUGAGACACGCUGCUGCGAUCUCAGUGCCGACGUAUCCGCCGCUUACAGCUAGACUAAUGCAAGAUCAUGUAUAUCGACAAGCCACCACCUCGACCGACGCGAGACCACGCUACCCCCCUGAAUCGAUUGCUUCGGAACCUGCACCUCUUGAUCGAGAUCUAGAUUGGCAACAUCAUCCACAUCUUCAUCAUGAUUCAAUCAACUACCUUGCCAAUGAAAUCCAUCAACUUCAAUUGAGACAACAACUUCAACAGCAACAGCAACAGCAGCAAUUACUACUUCAACAACAACAACAACAGGAAGAGAAUGAUAAACUGAAUGAAAGUACAGCUCUCAAACCUGCUGACGCAACAGAUACGAAACCGUCAACUGACAGCCAUACUGGACCGAAUGGGAAUGGGAUUAAUUAUUUCCAUCGGUUCUUCCAAUCCGGAGGAAGUAGUAGUUCAAGUAGUGGUGUACAGUCAACAUCAUCAUCAAAUCCACAAAGAACGAUAUAUGAAACCAAGCCGAAUUAUGCACUUGAGUUUGAUCAUCACCAUCAUUCAUACCCCGCUACAACACCAACAUCUGCUAGUACCAUCAUGCCCGAUUUCUCAAAUUUGCCCAUUUCGACGCCUAUCCGAUUUGGAAAUUUCUCUACUACUAGUGGAACAGCUGGCUAUACGAAUGGAACUGGGAAUGUGAAUGGAAGAGGAAGAGGAAAAGGGAAAUCGAUUGAAAAUGGUGAAAAGGAAGCAUUAGGAAAGAAAGCAGGAAAGAAAGCGGUCAAAGCUGAAGGAAAUGAUUUGGAGGAAGAACAAGGAGGAGCGGAAGCCGAAGAAUUACCUUCGAAGAUUGUAUUUGGAGAUGUAGAAGUCACCACAAGUACGAAUUCAUCGAAUCCUACUACUACAAAUGGGACCCAUACAAAUCAUUCACAUCAUAACAAUCAUCAUCACAAUCACGGUCAUAAUCAUAAUCAUAAUCAUCAUAAAAGGAAAGAAAGAGUAAAAGCUUUAGCUACUGUUUUAAGGAGUAAAAGGGUGACUGGCGCUGAAUGA